GCCCGUUUUUCACCACGCGAACUUCCGCGAGUCGAAUUCGAAUUUCGAACGCAAGUUUGUUAUAUUGUGAAGUGUUUCGUGGGAUGUUUGUGUUAGUAGUGUUUUAAGUUUCUGUUCUGAAAGCUUUAGAUCGUUGUCCAUCAAUCAAGCUCCACUCUAAGAGGACAAUUGGACGGACUGCGAACAUCUUCAGCACUUAACAUGUCCAACAAGACUAUUCAGUAAACAUCAAAGUAUGACAGUCUACGUGUAAUUUUGAGACGAGAGAGACAUAAUAAUCUGUUAUCAAUGAAUGACCUAAAUUAUAACGCUGGGAUGAGUUCCUACCAAUUCGUCAAUUCCUUAGCCUCGUGCUAUGGAAACCAAGCGCCAGGGCGCACAGGAACACCAGUCGAACAGACUGGGCACCCUGGUCUGCCCACACCAGGGGCAGAUUACUAUAACCCAAACGCAGCAGCAAGUGCAUACCCAAAUACGUGCUAUUCGCCGCCACAAGUCGGUCACCAUUACCCUCAGCAUCCGUACGCAACACCAGCUACAGGAGCACACAUGCAACCUCAAUCAAUGAUAGAUUACACACAGUUACACCCACAAAGACUGGGCAGCACAGCAAGUCAUAUGCAUCAACAUUCAAACCCAAGCCCUGGGGCACUAUCGCCUAAUCUUUUGUCAGCGGCUAGUCAAGCUGCUAGUUGUAAAUUCGCUGAUUCAACUUCUACGACAGGCGUAGCAUCGCCCCAGGAUUUAUCAACAUCAUCAGGGCCAGGCAGGACAUCUCCUGGCUUCGGUGUUGUUCAGAACACUGGAAACGCUAGCACAAAACUAGGAUUGACUACACCAAUCGCCUCGCCAGUUGAGCAUAAGGCCAAUGUGAACCAGAAUAUCUCAAGUCCAGCGUCCAGCACUUCAAGUAUUGACAGCAAUGAUGCCAACACCUCAAGUUCCAGUAACACGAAAAAUGCAAAGUCUUCGGGAAGUUCCCAAGCUAAUCCUCCACAAAUAUACCCGUGGAUGAAGCGAGUUCAUCUAGGUCAAAGUACCGUGAACGCGAACGGGGAGACGAAGCGUCAGAGAACGUCCUACACGCGAUACCAAACGCUUGAGUUGGAAAAGGAGUUUCACUUCAACCGGUACCUGACGAGGAGACGACGGAUCGAGAUCGCCCACGCCCUCUGUCUCACCGAGAGGCAGAUCAAGAUCUGGUUCCAGAACCGGCGCAUGAAGUGGAAGAAAGAACACAAGAUGGCGUCAAUGAAUAUCGUUCCAUACCAUAUGAACCCGUAUGGCCACCCCUACCAGUUCGACCUUCACCCGAGCCAAUUCGCCCAUCUAUCAGCAUAGGAUCAGUGGAAUUUUUCGAAUAGUGGAUAACUGAUUUACUAGAUAUGCAGUCGGCCGUGUCAACGGAGUUGCAUGUAGUAUUGUCAGGACAGAUACUACAGCAACUAGACUGAAUCAGAUAUUCGCUGCUCGAAAAAUUUCUAAGUGUCAGUGACUAUGGACAAGUGUUAAUGAAGGCAUCAGUUCAAAUAUAACGCCUAGUGAGUCUAUGCGAGAAAUUUCAAAAAUUUAAGUCGUGAAAAGUGCAUCUAUUGCAUCGUUUUAAAAUUACCCACACUAGUAAAAUACUAUUAACUAGUCAGAAAUGAUUGCUCGAUCUGCAUAAUGUUAUACGUAAGAAAUGUUACAGAUAAUUAGAUAUACUAUACUCUGUAUAUGAUGGCUAUGUCUAUAUUGUAAGUAGAGUUAUAUGCAAAUAAUUUCAAUACUAAUUCAAUUAAAUAGGCGAAUGUAGAUAAGCCAUCGCUUUUCCAACAAAUUCGGAAUUGUACAGGGAAAUCGAAAAUGGAAAUCUCAAAAAUUGUUUUAUUAGGUUUAUGCGAAUAGUUGCAAAUUUUGAAAAAAGCUAUUGACUUUCUAAGCUCAGACUACUUGUGAAUAUCUAGAUUAAUUUCUACUGUAAAUAACAUAUUAUGUAGGUAUUUUGGAAAUUUAAUAUAUUCAAUGUAGUACCUACUUUUAAAGAACUAUUUUAUGUUCCUGUCUCUAGUGUAAAUAGCAAAUAAUUGUAAGGUCUUAAUACAAAUAGUUUUAUGUCAUUACUUAGUUAUACGUCAUAGAUAAAUUAAUGUAAAGUAAAAAAAGUCUCAACCAACGAUAAUAUAAUUACCUAAUUUCUUGACUAUAAUGUAAGGGUUUCUAAGGAGACAAUAUAUGUAGCGUUACAUUCUAGUAAUUGGUGUAUAAUUUGCGUAAUAACUGGUUAUAAUUCGGUUACAAAAUUUCAAUACAUUGUUCUUUUUCAUCCAUGGUCUUUUGAAAUCGGCGUGUAACUUGCGUUAGCGCAAUCUACAGUUUUCUAACUAAAUGAAUAAUUCAAACUCUAUCCAAUUGCCUAUAUUAAAAAUCAUCAAACCUUCGGGAUGAAGGUUGUGAUGAAGGAUUCAGGGGGACUAAAUAUUUUUAUUUCAAGACACUGGUUUUGGAACAUGUCAUACAGUGAAACACGUAGAAAUUUCAUUCCAUGCCUCAUUUUCAACGUAGGCAGUCAUAUGUGUAGUCUUCUGAUCAGUAAGUGGAUAAUUUUAUAAAAUCGUACUAUUUCCUUAAGUGGCCGAUCAUUUCAUGAAUGGAUUUGGGAUCACAAUAUUUAUAGUACGUUUUACCAAAAGCAAUUUUCUCAUAAAUCGAAAAAUACUUCGUUAAGAUAUUUUUGGUACUGGAAGUAUUGUUUCUUAUUAGAAUAAACGUCAUUUAAUGUGUAAAAUUGUCUCAAUGGAAACCCAAAUAUACUGUUUAUAAUGUACUUAAUAGUUAAUACAAUUCUUUAAUUUACUUAACUUUUUUUAUUCCUCUAUAGAAAUGUCGUGGUCAACUGUGAUAUUUUGUUAAAUUUAUUCGUAAGAUAAAAAUCACACAGUUGUUUAACCAUCCAUAUUUUGUUUAUUAUUAAGUUUUAGUUAUUUUUUGGCCUUACUUGGGUAUCUUUUGAAUCGAGAUAAA